UAUUUUAAUUUCUAUUUAAUAUAUGCAAUUCAGAUUCAUUGAUUCAUUGUACCAAACAGGGAUGCUCUGCGUUAUGAAAUCCAACGAUGCUCUGCGACACCUUACUGAAAUGGCACUCUUCUUGUUCUACACUUUUCUUUCCCUCGCUUUCAUCUUCACUCUUCUUAAGAUUUUGCUCCAAACCCAAUCAAGAAGAUUCAGAAACCUUCCACCGGGUCCGCCAACCCUCCCCAUCAUCGGAAACCUCCACCACCUCAAGCCGCCAAAUCACCACGCCUUCGCCGUGCUAUCUCAAACCUACGGCGACGUCAUCUCCCUCAGGUUCGGGCGGCGCCUCGUGGUGGUGCUGUCGUCGCUCUCCGUCGUGCAACAAUGUUUCGCCGCGAACGAUGUUGUCCUUGCGAACCGUCCUCGCUUCCUCGUCGGGAAGUACGUCUCCUACGACUACACCACCCUCGGUUCUACCUCGUACGGCCACCACUGGCGAAACCUCCGCCGCAUCGCCACCGUGGACGUCCUCUCCACUCAUCGCCUCAACUCGUUUGUCGGAGUUCGGAGGGACGAGAUUAGGCGGCUGGUUAUGAAGCUGGGACAGGACGCCACGUGUCGCGAGGGCGAGGGGUUUGCGAAGGUGGAACUCAGGUGGAGGCUGACGGAGAUGACGUUCAACAACAUGAUGAGGAUGAUAACGGGGAGGAGGUGUUACGGUCAGGACUGUGACGUAAAGGAGGCUGAGACGGCGAGGCAGUUUAGAGAGGUCAUAACGGAGAUGGUGUCACUUUCAGGGGCCAACAACAAGGGUGACUUCUUACCUCUACUCAGGUUAUUUGAUUUUGAGGAUCUGGAAAAGAGGCUGAAGAGGAUUGCGGAGAGAGCUGAUGCGUUCUUGCAUAGUCUUAUUGAGGAGCACCGCAGUGGGAAGCACGGCAGUGUUGACAACAUGAUUGAUCAUCUCUUGAAGCUAUGCCAGUUGCAACCCGAGUACUACUCCGAUCAUAUUAUCAAAGGUCUUAUUCAGGCUAUGCUACUAGCUGGAACAGACACACCAGCUCUGACCAUAGAGUGGGUAAUGUCUGAAUUAUUGAACAACCCCGAAGUAUUAAAGAAGGCAAAGGAUGAAAUAAACACUCACAUUGGAAAGGAUCGUUUGGUAGAAGAACAAGAUUUGCCAAAACUUUCAUACCUUCAAAACAUAAUUUCCGAGACAUUUCGAUUGCAUCCUCUAGCACCAUUGUUAUUGCCACAUGAAUCUUCAGAGGAUUGUACAAUUGGAGGAUACCAUAUUCCACGAGGCACUAUAGUGUUGACUAAUGCAUGGCUUAUUCAUAGAGAUCCUAUACUUUGGAGUGAUCCUACAAGUUUUAAGCCUGAAAGAUUUGAGAGAGAAGGGGAAGUGAGCAAGUUAAUUACAUUCGGGUUAGGGAGAAGGGCUUGCCCUGGACUGGGCUUGGCCCAGCGUAUGGUGGGCUUCACAGUGGCAUUACUAAUCCAAUGCUUCGAAUGGAAUCGAGAAAGUGAGCAAAAAAUUGACAUGGUGGAGGAUAAAGGGCUCUCCAUGGCAAAGCUAAUUCCAUUACAAGCCAUGUGCAAAUCACUGCCUAUUGUCAAUAACAUUAUGAAGAAAUUAAUUAAUUAAUUAAUUAGUAUCUUUUACUAAUAGUAGAAUUUGUAGUGUUGUGUGAUGAUAAAACAAAGUGUAUUUUUCAGUGUUUUUGGGGACGUGAGUAGCGUAGCAUGUAAUCGUGCCUUUCUUGUUAUCUUUAGUAAUUGUAGUGUUAUGUGAUUAUAAAAUAAAUGUGCAUUGUCUGUUUUCA